AGACACUUCAUCAAUACUUAUAGCAGUGAAACCUUGUAACUUGGACCACACUAACAAAUAUAAACCAUAUCUGAAUUGUGAUAAGAGCUCUGAAUCUGGUGCUCUGCAGAUAAGGACUAAGUUGGGUAGUUCUUUUUUGACGUGAUGAGCCAGAUGGCCUCCUGCUUUGUAAAUGUUCUAUGAUUCUAUGCUCCUGCGAUUUUCUGGUUGCAGUUGGCAGAUAAGGAUCGCGGUGUCUCAGAUUGUCUUGCGUAACAUAAGAAGGGAAAUGCCUUGAAAGACUCAGCAGCUAAUAACGCAGCAUCUGUGGAGAGUAUUUCCAACAAUUGUUUUAGAUUCCCAGUGUCCACAGCAGGGGCUCCUAACCUUUUUAAUGCCAUGGACUAAUUCCAUUAAAGCGAGGGAGGUGUGCAGCCGUCACGCCGCGAGUCUGGGAGGUCCCCGCUGCACCUCCCUCUCCGCCCGCCGGAGGACCAGGCCGCUCUUGUCCGCCGGAGGACCGGGCCGCUUGUCGGCACUGGAGGAGCUGCGGGAGACGGAAGGCGGAGCCGAGGCGUUGCAGUGGCGAGAAGCGCCCAGGGCCCGGAGAUGAUGCUCUUCUCCGGGAGAAAGAAGCAGAAUGAAGAGGCGCGGAAACGCCUGGAGUAUCAGAUGUGCCUGGCCCGAGAAGCUGGUGCAGAUGACAUCCUGGACAUCUCAAAGUGCGAGCUAUCUGAGAUUCCAGCCAGCGUCUUUUCCAUGUGCAGAGUCCUGCAGAAGAAGGUUUUAAUCAUCCACUCUAAUCACUUGGCAACGCUACAGCCCAAGUCGUGUAACGUCCAGGAUUUGUCAUUGCUGAAGAUUCUCGAUCUCCAUGACAACCGACUCACCUCACUUCCCGAGGAGAUGGGUCAACUCUCAUCCCUACAGGUGCUCAACUUGGAACAGAACCACUUGAAAUCUCUUCCCAACUCGCUCACAACCUUGGCCCAGCUUCAGACACUAAACCUGAAAGGGAACCGGAUCCGAAAGUUGCCUGAGACACUGAGUGGAUUGAAGAGCCUGCGCACACUCGACAUCAGUCAGAAUCAAAUCCAUUUUCUCCCACAAGACUUGGCGUACAUCAGGACACUUGAGUCUCUCAGUCUGGAUGUGGAAGACAUGACCUACCCUCCAGCCAGUGUGUGCAGCAAUGGAACAGAAGCCAUCAAACAGUUUCUGUGCAAAGAACUCGGGAUUGAGUACGUUCCUCCGUCUCAGUACCUGCUUCCAGUGCUUGAGAGUGAUGGGCAUGUGCUGGACAGUGACAGCGUUGACGGCACGUUCCAACAACAGGUGAUGGAGGCAGAGAAGUGGCAGAGCAAGUUCAUGGACUAUGAAAAGAGAAAGGAGCAAAAGCAGCAGGAAAAACUGGCGUUCGAGAGGAGGCUGAAUGAGGAGCAGCGGGAGAGGACGCAGCUUAUCUUGCAGAACAGCAGCCACAAGGAGCAAGUCCUGAAGUCGGUGAAACAGGAGCAGGGGAAGCUGGAACAGGGUCUCCGAGACCAGCAACGCUACGUGGAGGAGGAGCGGCAGCGACUGCAGGCGGAGCUGAAACGCGGGGAGGACGGAGCGAUGAGCCUGAUCUGUAACCUGCUGGAGGGCAGCGAGAGAAGAAAACAGAACUCAAUGCUGAUAGAGUCGCUGGAAAAAGAGAGGGUGAGAAUGGAACAGCUUAUGGCUAUAACGCAAGAGGAGAAUGAGAGACUGCGAAAGAAAGAGGUGGCAGCUGCUAUGCAGGAGAUGCUGUCGGAAAGCACCCUGAACAAAAUUCUGCAGACGGUCUAUGAGACGAAGAGACAACAGCUGGUAGAUGAAGCCAGCACCAGCCUGGCUCAAAUGGAUGGGAGACUUCAGCAAAUCCAGGCCUUUCAGCAGCUGGAUCAGCACAAGACCAUUGGGCAGAUUCUUGGUGAGGCUGAAAUGCAGAAGAUGGCAUUUGAAGCACUGCAGGUGAAGAAGGACAGUGAGCACACACGAAUCAGAGACCAGAUCAAAUUGAUUGAGAAUGAGUUAAUGCAGCUGACACAUCUCGAGUUAGACAGAAGAGAGAGUGACUUGGAGAACCUUCAGGAAAACCUGGUGAGCGAACGGCAGGCGCUGACUGACCUCCUGCAGCAGCUUCUGAAGGAAAAGAAGUUGCGGGAGAAGGAGCUGGGGGACCUGCUGGUGGAGAUGCAGAAGAAACACGAGACCAGUCAGGAGAAUUACUGGCUUAUUCAGUACCAGCGCCUGAUGGACAAGAAGCCCCUGUCCCUUCGAGCACAGGAGGAGGGUGUGGAGAAAGCACUGGUGGACCUGUUGACCGAACUCUCAGCAGAUCAUUACUUGCCCCUGUUUGCCCACCAUCGGAUCACCCUGAAGAUGCUGCGUUACAUGACGGCGGAGGACCUACAGCAGGUUGGAGUCAAAGAGAGCAGGCUACAGCGUGCCAUCCUCGGACGUGUGCAGGAGCUCUUGCCUGCAGAAGAUUGGAGAUCUCCACCUGUCCCAGCAAAGAAUAUUGCUGAUGAUUUGGGUGAGAGACAAGCCAGUGCUCCUGUAGAGGAUGAAGCAGGACCUUCUAGUCCAGUAGAACCCAGCGCACCAGUCUCUGAACAAGUGUUGACUCAGUCAGAAUGUGUCGUCUGCAUGGAGCGCGAGAGUCAGAUGAUCUUCCUGAUGUGUGGCCACGUUUGCUGCUGCCACAUGUGCGGGAUGGAGCUGCACACUUGCCCUCUCUGCCGGAAGGAAAUCAAACAAAAGAUUCGCAUGUAUCGUACAUCUUGAGUGGCAUUUUGUUCCUAUUCAACGUUUGUGUGCUCACAGAUCUGCCACCACCUCCUGUCGGUGCCUUACACCUCCCCUUUACCCCCACCCCAAAGAUGUUUACUUUCAGUAAAACUGUGGCAUAAACUCCUCCUAGACUGGCUUGAUGUCUUCCUGGAUGGACGAUCUACACCUGCUCAGGCCUCCAUUGUAAUGGCAAGGAUGUGAGUUGGCCAACGUUGAGCUCGCAUGGAUUUGUGCUGUAGUAACUUGCUUUCUCAAUAAGUGGUUGCAUAGACAGAGAAAAUGGAAUAGAAAACUAAAACACGACUUCUCCUGCUGCCGCACACUGCCGAAAGAUGUGCGUGGAGCUACUUGGAAUGAAACUGGGAGCUGGUGUAACGGAUCUGCUGUGAAGCCACAUUGGCUCCGUCACUCUGAACCGCGUCUCCUGUGCUGAUUAACCUCAUCCAAAUGAUCCAUGAAGCAGUUUGAAAUAUUACAUCUACAAAGGCAUUUGCAUAGAGUGGGUAAGGUCAGGCAGGUGUAAUUUUCCUCCUGACCUGUAAUGCAACAACAUAUAGACUACAGACAGUAAACUUAUUUUAAAAAAAACAUUUAUCCAGCUAAAACAUUUAAUUGUGCAACAGAUUGAAAGCUAGUUUUUCUCUUGUUUAUUGAUGUGAAGAGCCACAAUUGUACCACGUUCUUUCACUGUUGAAUGUGCUAGGCAAAUUUAAUCUCCUGAUGCUUGGACUGAUAAGCAUCAGGUGCAAAACUAGACUUCUCCCCUCAUUUCCUAUCCCUGAAUCACUUGCUGGAGACAGGCUCUCUCAACCGAUUAUCCUCCUUGUCCACAGCUAGUAAUGGAUAAGUAAAUAACUGCUGAAACAGAAUUGCCUGGUGCUGCUGUUCCCCGUCCCAUUGGUGGUGUUUUGUUGUUUGUGUAGUCUUAUUUGACAGCAUAUUUUGGUUACUUUUCUCAGAACAUCUUUCUUUAGUUUUUACAAACUUCAGAAUUAACACCCAAUUGUCUCAAGAUAUAUUUAUCUGUCCUCACUACUGUUCCACAGUCCUGCCUUUCCCCACCCAAACUCCAGUUGUGCUCUGAGAUCUAAUUCUUAUCUCUCCGUGAAAGGAAAAGUAUAUGCAAGUCUUCCUUUCCCACUUUCUGUCCUGUUUCAGGCUUUAGAGGGGUUUUACAACCCAGUGCCUCCACUGCUCCUUGUGCCUUCAAUGAUAUCCUGUGUCAAAAGCUAUCAAAAUGCAUGUUACAUGAUGUAAGGUUUAUCUCAAAGGAAGGUGAAGACCAAAACAGUGGGUAUAUUUAAGGCAGAACUUGAUAGUUGGUAAAGGGGUUAAGGGUUAUGGGGAGAAGGUUGGAGAAUGGGGGGGGGGGGGGAAUCAGCUAUGAUUGAGUGGUGGUGUAGUGAAUGGCCUGAUCUGCUCCUUUAUCCUAUGAAUGUAAAGCAUGUUUUUAAAGUAGAUAUUUAAUUUAUUGUCAUAUGCAGAAUAUUUGCACUUGUAUGGCUGUAUGCUAUGAAUUCCAAUCCUACAAUUAUACAUAUUGAAAAAUUAUACUGUUCCAAUAAAGGACAAAUUCUGCUUG